AGCUCGCACACACUGUAUUGGCCAGUUGGAAAUUUGCUCAACAAGCAGGAUAUUUUACUACUGAGAAGAGGAACUGCCGGCGUUAAUGUUAACUUCUUUCUUGCUUUUUCUGAGGACUGGCUGCCUGCAAUGAAAGCGUAGAAGAUCUCAAGGGUGUGGAGGAACGGCGUCUACCCUGCAGUAUAUGGUGCUGACACCGUGUCACUUAUCAUUCAGAACCAGCCCAUUUCUUCCUCACUUCACAAGCAAGGAGGGUGGUUCGCUGUGAAGAUCAGCAGACAUCUUAGGUUGCUUUUCCCUCUGCAAUAAGCCGCUCCCACACACAGACACACACUGCCUGCCGAGAUGGUGGCGUUGUCGCUGAAGAUCUGCAUUCGCCAGUGCAAUGUGGUAAAGACAAUGCAGUUUGAGCCCUCUACGGCCGUCUAUGAUGCCUGCAGAAUCAUCAGAGAGAGGGUCCCUGAAGCCCAAACAGGACAAGCAUCAGAGUAUGGGCUGUUCCUGUCAGAUGAAGACCCCAGGAAAGGCAUUUGGUUGGAGUCUGGUAGGACGCUGGACUACUACAUGCUUCGCAAUGGGGAUGUCCUUGAAUACAAGAAGAAGCAGAGGCCCCAAAAGAUCAAAAUGCUGGAUGGGGCUGUGAAGACCAUCAUGGUGGACGACUCCAAAACAGUGGGAGAGCUGCUUGUGACUAUAUGCAGCAGAAUAGGAAUCACCAACUACGAGGAGUACUCUCUGAUCCAGGAGAUCGUGGAGGAGAAGAAGGAAGACGGGAUGGGCACAUUGAAGAAGGACAGGACAUUGCUACGUGACGAGAGGAAGAUGGAGAAGCUAAAGGCCAAGCUGCAUACAGAUGAUGACUUGAACUGGCUGGACCACAGCAGGACGUUUCGAGAGCAAGGGGUGGACGAGAGCGAGACGCUGCUUCUCAGGCGCAAGUUCUUCUACUCGGACCAGAAUGUUGAUUCCCGUGACCCAGUCCAACUCAACCUGCUCUACGUACAGGCUCGAGAUGACAUCCUGAACGGCUCUCACCCUGUCUCAUUUGACAAAGCCUGCGAGUUUGGAGGCAUUCAGGCCCAGAUUCAGUUUGGACCGUUCAUAGAACAUAAACACAAACCUGGAUUCCUAGACCUGAAGGAGUUUCUGCCUAAAGAGUACAUAAAGCAGAGAGGUGCAGAGAAGAAAAUAUUCCAGGAACACAAAAACUGCGGAGAGAUGACGGAGAUUGAAGGAAAAGUGAGAUAUGUUAAACUAGCAAGGUCUCUGCGGACCUAUGGAGUCUCCUUCUUCUUAGUCAAGGAGAAAAUGAAAAGUAAGAAUAAGCUGGUCCCAAGACUGCUGGGAAUAACCAAAGAGUCUGUUCUGAGAGUGGACGAGAAGACCAAAGACGUAGUGCAGGAAUGGCCUCUAACCACUGUGAAGAGGUGGGCAGCAUCACCCAAGAGCUUCACCUUGGACUUUGGGGAGUACCAAGAGAGCUACUACUCGGUACAGACAACUGAAGGGGAGCAGAUUUCUCAGCUCAUUGCUGGCUAUAUCGAUAUUAUCCUCAAGAAGAAGCAAAGUAAGGACCGUUUUGGACUCGAAGGUGAUGAGGAGUCUACUAUGCUGGAGGAAUCUGUGUCCCCCAAGAAGUCCACCAUCCUUCAGCAGCAAUUUAACCGGAUGGGCCGGGUGGAGCACGGCUCUGUGGCACUGCCAGGAGUGAUUCGCUCCAGCUCCGUCGGCAAUGAGUCGCUUAGCAUGGGCACCAUGCCUUCUGCCCAACAGCAGAUCACCACUGGACAAAUGCACCGUGGACACAUGCCACCACUAAGUUCAGCUCAGCAGGCCCUGAUGGGGACCAUCAACACCAGCAUGCAGGCUGUGCAGCAGGCCCAGCUUGACCUGGGGGAGGUGGACAACCUGCCACCACUGGGACAGGACAUGGCAUCCAAGAUGUGGAUCCAGAACAAGGUGGAUGAAUCAAAACACGAGAUCCACUCUCAGGUGGAUGCCAUCACUGCAGGAACAGCCUCUGUUGUCAACCUCACAGCCGGCGAUCCAACUGACACAGAUUAUACAGCUGUGGGCUGCGCUAUCACCACCAUCUCCUCCAACCUGACUGAGAUGUCAAAGGGCGUCAAGCUGUUGGCUGCGCUAAUGGAGGAUGACGUGGGUGGAGGAAACGACCUGAUGAGGGCUGCCAGGACACUAGCAGGGGCAGUGUCUGACCUGUUGAAGGCUGUAGAGCCUUCCUCUGGAGAGCCCAGACAGACGGUGCUGACAGCAGCAGGCAGCAUCGGCCAGGCCAGCGGGGACCUCCUGCGUCAGAUUGGAGAGAAUGAAACAGACGAGAGGUUCCAGGAUGUUCUUAUGAAUCUGGCCAAAGCAGUGGCCAACGCAGCAGCAAUGCUGGUGCUGAAGGCCAAGAAUGUGGCUCAGGUUGCAGAGGACACUGUUCUUCAGAACCGGGUCAUAGCUGCUGCAACCCAGUGUGCCCUGUCCACCUCCCAGCUGGUGGCAUGUGCCAAGGUGGUGAGUCCAACCAUCAGUUCCCCUGUUUGCCAGGAGCAGCUGAUUGAGGCUGGAAAGCUGGUGGACCGCUCAGUGGAGAGCUGUGUCCAGGCCUGCCUCUCUGCCACAGAAGAUGGAGAGCUCCUCAAACAGGUGAGUGCAGCAGCCAGUGUGGUGGGCCAGGCUCUCGGGGACCUUCUACAACAUGUCCGCCAAUAUGCCUCACGUGGAGAGCCCAUUGGGCGCUAUGACCAGGCAACAGACACCAUUAUGACUGUCACAGAAAGUAUCUUCAGCUCAAUGGGAGAUGCAGGAGAGAUGGUGCGUCAGGCACGGGUGCUAGCCCAGGCUACCUCAGACUUGGUUAAUGCCAUGAGGUCUGACGCAGAGGCAGAGGUGGAUGUCGACAACUCUAAGAAACUGCUAGCAGCUGCCAAGCUGCUGGCUGAUGCCACUGCCCGAAUGGUGGAGGCUGCAAAGGGAGCGGCUGCAUACCCAGAGAAUGAGGACCAGCAGCAGAAGCUGAGGGAGGCAGCAGAGGGGCUUCGCGUGGCCACCAAUGCGGCAGCUCAGAACGCCAUCAAAAAAAAACUCAUCAACCGACUGGAGAAUGCUGCCAAGCAAGCUGCAGCUGCAGCCACGCAGACCAUCGCUGCCUCUCAGAACGCCGCCGCCUCCAACAAGAACACCACUGCUCACCAGCAACUUGUGCAGAGCUGUAAGGCAGUGGCAGACCACAUCCCCCAACUGGUCCAGGGGGUCCGCGGAAGUCAAGCUCAACCUGAGGACCUCAGCGCUCAACUGGCCCUCAUCAUUGCCAGCCAGAACUUCCUCCAGCCGGGCAGUAAAAUGGUGACAUCAGCCAAGUCGUCUGUUCCUACAGUGACAGACCAGGCUGCAGCCAUGCAGCUGGGACAGUGUGCCAAGAACCUGGCCACCUGCCUAGCUGAGCUCAGGACCGCUGCACAGAAGGCUCAUGAUGCCUGUGGCCCCAUGGAGAUUGACUCUGCACUCACUGCCAUCAAGAACCUGAAAACCGAGCUACAAGAUGCCAAGAUGGCUGCUGUCAAUGGACAGUUAAAACCACUUCCUGGAGAAUCAUUGGAGAAGUGUGGUCAGGACCUGGGCAGCACCUCUAAGUCUGUGGGGUCUUCUAUGGCUCAGUUGCUUACGUGUGCUGCACAGGGCAAUGAGCACUACACUGGGGUAGCCGCCAGGGAGACAGCCCAGGCCCUGAAGGCAUUGGCCCAGGCUGCUCGGGGUGUCGCUGCUUCCACCACAGACCCCCAUGCGGCCACUGCCAUGCUGGACUCUGCCCGUGACGUCAUGGAAGGCUCGGCCCUUCUCAUCCACGAGGCCAAGCAGGCGCUGAUUUCACCAGGAGAUGCUGAGAGCCAACAGAAACUAGCACAGGUGGCCAAGUCUGUGUCCCAUUCCCUGAAUAACUGUGUCAACUGCCUGCCUGGCCAGAAGGAUGUGGACAUGGCUCUCAAGAGCAUUGGAGAAGCCAGCAAGAAGCUGCUUGUUGAAAAUAUUCCACCAGCUUCCAAGUCAUUCCAGGAAGCUCAGAAUGACCUUAACCAAACAGCAGCAGACCUGAACCAGUCAGCAGGGGAUGUGGUCCAAGCCUCCCGUGGCUCUAGCGGCCAGCUAGCUGUGGCCUCUGGAAAGUUCAGCAAAGACUUCGAUGAGUUCCUGGAUGCCGGCAUUGAAAUGGCUGGACACACUCCGAAAAAGGAUGACCAGAUUCAGGUGAUUGGCAACCUGAAGAAUAUCUCCAUGGCCUCCAGCAAACUGCUGCUAGCUGCAAAGUCCCUUUCUGUGGACCCCGGAGCAGCUAACGCCAAGAACCUGCUUGCUGCUGCUGCAAGGGCGGUGACGGACAGCAUUAACCAGCUGAUCACACUGUGUACCCAGCAGGCCCCUGGUCAAAAAGAGUGUGACAAUGCUCUGAGAGAACUAGAGGCUGUUAGAGGAAUGCUGGAUAACCCAAAUGAACCAGUCAAUGACCUCUCCUACUUUGACUGCAUCGAGAGCGUGAUGGAGAACUCUAAGGUCCUGGGUGAGUCCAUGGCAGGCAUUUCUCAGAACUGCAAGACAGGAGAUGUCCCAGCAUUUGGAGACUGUGUUGGAACAGCAUCCAAAGCCCUGUGUGGCCUCACUGAGGCUGCAGGACAGGCCUCCUACUUGGUGGGUGUGUCUGACCCCAAGAGCCAAGCCGGGCAUCAGGGUUUGGUGGACCCCAUCCAGUUUGCCAAAGCUAAUCAGGCAAUCCAGAUGGCCUGUCAGAACCUUGUAGACCCAGGCAGCAGCCCCUCCCAGGUGCUUUCAGCUGCCACCAUUGUUGCCAAGCACACCUCGGCACUUUGCAAUGCUUGCCGCCUAGCUUCAUCGAAGACAGCCAACCCAGUAGCCAAGAGGCACUUUGUCCAGUCUGCAAAGGAAGUGGCUAACAGCACCGCCAAUUUGGUCAAGACCAUUAAGGCUCUAGAUGGUGAUUUCUCAGAGGAGAACAGGAACAAGUGUCGAGUUGCUACAGCCCCCCUAAUCGAGGCUGUGGAGAAUCUGACAACAUUUGCCUCCAACCCAGAGUUUGCCAGCGUCCCUGCCUGCAUAAGCAGUGAGGGCACUGCAGCUCAGGAGCCCAUCCUCCACUCGGCACGCUCCAUGUUGGACAGUUCAACUGACCUGCUGAGAACUGCACGCUCAUUGGUGAUCAACCCUAAAGACCCACCUACUUGGUCUGUUCUUGCUGGCCACUCCCGCACCGUGUCAGACUCCAUUAAGAGUCUCAUCACAGCCAUCCGGGACAAGGCCCCAGGUCAGCGGGAGUGUGACUCAUCCAUUGAUAACAUCAACAGAUGUAUCCGGGACAUUGAGCAGGCCUCUCUGGCGGCAAUCAGCCAGAACCUACCCUGCAGAGACGACAUCUCACUGGAGGCUUUGCAAGAGCAGCUGACAUCCACCGUACAGGAAAUUGGACAUUUGAUUGACCCAGUUUCCACUGCUGCCCGGGGCGAAGCUGCCCAACUAGGACACAAGGUGAGCCAGCUGGCAGGCUAUUUUGAACCACUGAUUAUGGCAUCUGUGGGGGUCGCUUCCAAGCUGAAAGACCACCAACAACAAAUGACCUUCUUGGAUCAGACCAAGACCCUAGCUGAGUCUGCUCUGCAGAUGCUCUACGCUGCCAAGGAGGGUGGCGGAAACCCCAAGGCAUCCCAUACCCAUGAUGCCAUAGCAGAAGCUGCCCAGCUUAUGAAGGAGGCAGUUGAUGACAUCAUGGUUACUCUAAACGAGGCUGCCAGUGAAGUGGGAAUGGUUGGUGGCAUGGUGGACUCCAUUGCAGAGUCCAUGAGCAAGCUGGAUGAGGGUACACCUCCUGAACUUGAGGGCUCAUUUGUGGAUUACCAGACCAGCAUGGUGAAAUUCUCCAAGGCGAUCGCUGUUACUACUCAGGAAAUGAUGACCAAGUCGGUGACAAGUCCGGAAGAGCUUGGAGGCCUGGCCUCGCAGGUGACUGCGGAUUACAGUCAACUUGCCCUUCAGGGACGACUGGCUGCUCACACUGCCGAGCCGGAAGAGAUUGGUUUCCAGAUUAAGACACGUGUCCAGGAGCUGGGACACGGCUGUAUCUUCUUAGUCCAGAAGGCCGGAGCGCUGCAGAUUACCCCAUCAGACAGCUUCACCAAGCGGGAACUCAUUGACUGUGCCCGCUCCGUCACAGAGAAAGUAUCUAUGGUGCUGUCAGCCCUCCAGGCAGGCAACAAGGGCACCCAGGCAUGCAUUACAGCGGCUAGUGCUGUCUCAGGUAUCAUUGCUGAUUUGGACACCACCAUUAUGUUUGCCUCUGCCGGCACGCUCAAUGCGGAGGAUAACGAGUCCUUUGCAGAUCACAGGGAGAACAUUUUGAAGACGGCUAAAGCUCUGGUUGAGGACACUAAGAUGCUAGUGUCUGGUGCGGCCUCUGGUCAGGAGAAGUUGGCUCAGGCUGCCCGGUCGUCUACCAAAACCAUCACCCAGCUGACAGACGUGGUGAAACUGGGUGCUGCCAGCAUUGGCUCUGACGACCCUGAGACACAGGUGGUUUUGAUAAAUGCAGUGAAAGACGUGGCCAAGGCCCUAGCUGAGCUCAUUGGUGCCACCAAGUGUGCUGCAGGCAAGGCAGCAGAUGAUCCAUCUAUGUACCAGCUAAAGGGCGCUGCCAAGGUGAUGGUGACCAAUGUGACGUCCCUGCUGAAGACUGUCAAGGCUGUGGAGGAUGAAGCCACUCGGGGCACCAGGGCACUGGAGGCCACCAUUGAGUGCAUCAAACAGGAACUGACGCUGUUCCAAUCCAAGGACUUCCCUGAGAAGACCACCACACCCGAAGAGUUUAUCCGCAUGAUUAAGGGAAUCACCACAGCCACGGCUAAGGCUGUGGCUGCAGGAAACUCUGCUCGGCAAGAAGAUGUUAUCCAUACAGCCAACCUCAGUCGCAAGGCCAUCACCGACAUGCUCACCACCUGCAAGCAAGCAGCGUACCAUCAAGAGGUCACUGAGGAGGUGAGGGAAAAAGCAUUGAUGUUCGGGACAGAGUGUACAACAGGCUACAUUGACCUUCUGGAGCAUGUGCUACUGGUCCUGCAGAAGCCCACCACAGAGCAGAAACAGCAGCUGGCAGUCUGCUCUAAACGGGUGGCAGGAGCUGUCACUGAGCUCAUCCAAAGCGCUGAGGCCAUGAAAGGUUCGGAGUGGGUGGACCCUGAAGACCCGACUGUAAUUGCCGAGACCGAGUUGCUUGGGGCAGCAGCAUCUAUUGAAGCGGCGGCUAAGAAGUUGGAGCAGCUGAAACCACGUGCCAAGCCCAAGCAAGCAGAUGAAACGCUGGACUUUGAAGAACAGAUCCUGGAGGCUGCCAAGUCCAUCGCUGCUGCCACCAGUGCCCUGGUCAAAUCAGCCUCGGCUGCCCAGAGGGAGCUGGUAGCCCAAGGCAAAGUGGGCUCUAUCCCUGCCAACGCAGUGGAUGAUGGACAAUGGUCUCAAGGGCUUAUCUCGGCGGCACGUAUGGUUGCAGCAGCCACCAGCAACCUGUGUGAGGCAGCCAACGCCUCUGUGCAGGGCCACGCCAGCGAGGAGAAGCUCAUCUCUUCAGCCAAACAGGUUGCAGCCUCCACAGCUCAGCUGUUGGUGGCUUGCAAGGUCAAGGCUGACCAGGACUCUGAGGCCAUGAGGAGACUACAGGCUGCUGGGAAUGCAGUGAAGAGGGCAUCAGACAACUUGGUGCGUGCAGCGCAAAAGGCGGCAUUCGACAAAGCAGAUGAUGACAACGUGGUGGUCAAGACCAAGUUCGUGGGUGGAAUUGCACAGAUUAUUGCAGCCCAGGAGGAAAUGCUGAGGAAGGAACGGGAGCUGGAGGAGGCCAGGAAGAAACUGGCCCAGAUCAGACAACAGCAAUACAAGUUCCUGCCCAGUGAGCUGCGAGAGGACAACUAAACCAUCACCUCUUCAUUGCUGCCACAGUUGUCUACUAUUGUGUGUAUGUGAGUGUGUGUGUGUGUGUGUGUGUGUGUGUGUGUGUGUGUGUGCAUGCGAAUGAGAAAGAGAGUUGCACAUGUCCAAGUGUGCCUCUUGAGUUUGUCUCCUUCUAUGGCACACACAGAAAGUAGUAGCCUUAUGUGACUUUUGUUAUUGUGUUGCGAAUGACUUAAAUGACCAGUAAUGUGGUCCAGAUUGGAAAGUCAACACCCGCCACCCUUGGAAAAGUCUUGUUCAACUUCCAACAAGUGAACAACAGGCUGCCCUCCUGACUUUAAUAUUACAAACCAAACAAAAUCUCAGUUUAGGGAUUGUAUUGAAAUAACUGAAGACCUGCUUUAUGUCCAAAUGUGCCGCAAAACUACCAUGUAUUAAGUAAUCUGAAACAAAAUGCGACUAUGCCGGGGGCAAACAGAAGAACUGUUAUGCUGUCAUAUUCACCCCAAAACUUCUUGUGUUCUUUAUUUUGUUCAACGAACCAGUCACUAAACAUAAAGUAUCCAAGGAUGAGAACUAAUUUUAAUAUUAUAUUGAUUGUGCUAUGGUUGUGUAAACUCCAGUAUGGUUAUAAGUACAAACUAGUUUCAGAUCAUGACUCUCCUUUCUGAGAUAUUUUAUUAAUGAGUUUUCUAGCUGUUUCAAUGUGUACUGGCAUCAAACUGACACCUUAAUAUCUGUUCAGUCAUGUGGAUCAUGUUCGUUGCUCAGCGUCUUGCAAACAGUCAUUCAGUGGUCAGUAAUCUUACCAUGAGGACAGGAAACACCUGGAAUGUCGGUGGUUUUUGGACCCGAACUGCAGAUUUCAAUAAUGGAUGGUAGUUUUGUGGAGAUAUCAUUCUGUCCGAGAUGGUUGUGAAAGCAUCAUUUCUUGCGUUUCUUUCUUUUUUCAACACUUUUUAACCGGAUAUAGAUGGGCAGUAAAUGCUAUGUAAUCGUGUUUGUAGGCUAAACUAAAAUGUCUGUGUUUGUCUGAGGCCUUGAGUAUAGGUGUCAUUGUGCGCAGCCUCCAAGACGCAAAAAGAAUGUGUUAACUUUGUGAUAUUCCUGCAAAUGCUUUUUUUUUAUGCACAUAGCAAGACAUAUUGCUUUCAAAUGAAUAUUUGUUACUCCAGAGCAUUUUUAGCAGAAAGUGUAUUUAUCGACCAUAAAUGAUAUCACCCAUUCACAACUGCUAGCAGUGCCAUCUAGUGCCAUGGAUGAGUUCCCAGACAAUGCAAAAUAAGUGGUGUGACUUGUUCUUUCCAAUUCAGAUUUUUUUUUCCUUUAUUGUGCUUCUGUUGUUUUGAGCCAUAUACACAGCAAACUAUGUUUAGUUUUUGGGUGUGUUUUUGUCGUUGUGUUGUGCUGCUGUGGGCUGGGGGAAACGGCAUUUCGUUUCAUCUGACGUACGCAAAUGCAUGAAAUGAAAUGACAACGUGUUCCCGAUUCCUGGCACUCACCGUGCAAUAACACAGAUGAGACACCAGGGGGCAGUAUUAGUUCCGAGGUUAAAACAAUCAUUUCCCAGCUCUUUUGAAACGUGUAUAGAUGAUAGUUGACUGAUAUAAGAAUUACAAAGUAAUUAUCUGGGGGUAGGAGGGGGUGUGAUUAAGAUUUUUUUGUCUUUUCCAUCAAAUAGGAAAACAUUGAUUUAUCUAUCUUAUCUAUCUAUCUAUCUGGGCAACCUGCAUUGAGUUUUUAUUGUGUGGUGGUCUACCAUUCAAAUCAGAGUGCCCUUGGAACACCUUAGACCUCUUGAAUUAACUGAAUGCAGCGUUAAGUAUUUCUUCAUUGAGUAUCCAGUUUGUGCCUCCUCUGAUAGUUUUCCAUCCCAACAGUUUUACUUCAGCCCGGCUCUCCCAGUUAGGUCCCCCAUCCAUAGAGAGAUGGUGAAACAGUUCGUCACGGUCCAACUAAUAUCUGGUUACUGGCAAGGACCGAUCUGAGUCAGUCCACAUCCAGUAUAGUAAAUUCAGGGAGCAGAUUCAAACUCUACAAUGAUCACACCACGAACAGGAAUCUUAAUCUAUAAGGAAGUUAUGAUUGAGGUGUCUAUCGUUAUUAAGUGGAUUACUGUUUGAAAGGGAACAUGUUGAAUUGAUUGAAUUGAAAGUGAACUGAGCUCAACGCAAAUCACGCAGUUCAGUUUCCUCCACCUGUCUCGGUGUCUCGUGAUCGAACGGCACCCCGCAAACCUUUGUGGAGAUGCUGCGAUAGAUUACUUGUUUGUUUAUCGAGUGUGAUUGAUAAUAAUGAGUUUCAUCCUCGCCUUACAAUACAGGCAGUGUUCCCAUAUUAAUAUAUAAGGUAUGUUAUAAGGUCCUGCUCUGGAAAGUGUCAUAAUGCAUGAUUUUGUGUUACUAUUUCUCAGUAACAAUAAUCAAGACGCAUCAAGUAUUCUGUAUCUCCAAAUAAGGACGGUAACCCAUACCAACAAAUGGUUAUUAGACCACCGUUGUUGUUGUUGUUGUUGUUUAUUCUUUAAGAGUCUGAGAGCACUAGGUCUGAAAUUCAGAGGUGUUUUGUAUCUUUUUUUUUGUAUUGGAGGGUCACUGCUUGUCAGAAAAGUCUGUAGUGUUAUUAUUAUGAUUAUUAUUAGUGCCUUAGUCUGUAGUUCGUACAGCAUCUGCUCUGCUUGAGUGACAUCUUCGCCUCAUUGAUUGAUAAAGGGCGGGGAAUAUGAAUGACUCCCUGUCCAUCUGUCCUCUACUAGUGUUGUCGCAUUUGUAAACGUCCAGUUCCUCUUAAUUCCAUACAUCCUCUAUCCCCGAUAUCUUUUCCUAUCUAUCUCUCCUUCCCUUUUAUUUUUUUUUUUUUUUGGCCCCGAGGCCUUUGCCGGACAACAGAGGAACGCCAGCUGAGGGUGUGUAAUUUGUUGCUGUUUGAAAAGUACCACAGCAUAUAUAUGUAUAUAUACAUAUAUAUGUGUAUAUUUACAGCUAACACAAUUUUAUACAGCAUUCCAUGUACCACAAUGCUUUUGAACUAGAACGUAACUCGAGUUCUGGGUCGGUCAACUGCUUUAUAUAUUAUAUAUGUUACAAGUAAAAUUCACUCAAGUUUUAUGGAUUGACCUAUUCUUUUAUUUCAGUGUCCUUCCUAUAAGCCACUCUGAAUAAUAAAUGUGAUGAGAAUGUUAAGAUAUAUAGCUGUCACCAUUAAGGUGUUGUAUGACUCAUUUCAGUGGCGUCGACAUGUUUUGUUCUUCCCGCAAAAGAAUUAAGAUGAUGAAAUUAUCAGUUAAGAUUAAAAGGGGAUGACGUAUAAUGAGAAAAUUAUUUAUCUGGCCUCAAGAAACUUAUUUUUUUGUAUUCACUCAAAAUAAAGGAUUUCAAAGUA